AUGUUCCCAUUGCAAGGUGCUCAGAUGCUGCAGACGCUGGAGAAAUCAUUGAUAAAGAGCCUUCCUGCAUCCGUGAAGGUUUAUGGGACCGUGUUCCACAUGAACCAGGGAAACCCGUUCAAGCUAAAGGCCCUGGUGGACAAGUGGCCUGAUUUUAAUACAGUGGUCAUCCGCCCUCAGGAGCAGGAUAUGAAGGAUGACCUUGAUCACUACACCAAUACUUACCAAAUCUACUCCAAGGACCCUAAAAACUGUCAGGAAUUCCUUGGCACACCAGAAGUCAUCGAUUGGAAGCAGCAUUUGCAGAUUCAAAGUUCACAGUCCAGUCUGAAUGAAGCAAUACAAAGUCUUGCAGCCAUUAAAUCUUUCAAAGUCAAACGUGCACAAAACAUUCUCUUUAUGACGUCUGACACAGUUGAGAAACUGGUUCCUUCCCUGCUGGAUGCAAAGAAUUUAUCACCCAGUGGUGGCAAGCCCAAAGCCAUCGAUGAAGAGAUGUUUAAAAUCUCAUCCCUGGAAACCACCCAUGCUGCCUUGGUGAAUAAAUUCUGGCAUUUUGGUGGCAAUGAGAGGAGCCAGAGAUUCAUCGAGCGCUGUAUCCAGAACUUCCCCUCCUGCUGCCUACUGGGGCCUGAGGGGACCCCUGUGUCCUGGACCCUAAUGGACCAGACUGGAGAGAUGCGGAUGGGAGGCACCUUGCCUGAUUACCGGGUCAAAGGCCUUGUCUCCUAUGUCAUUCAUAUCCAGGGCCAGAAGAUGAGAAAACUCGGCUUUCCCAUCUAUUCUCACACAGAGAAGAGCAAUGAAGCUAUGCAAAAAAUGAGUUACACUCUGCACCAUAUCACCAUGCCCUGUGACUGGAACCAGUGGAGUUGUGUGCCUCUGUGA